GUCGGCCAGCCUCUGCUCUAGGGAAUGGUGCUACUCUCGCCCUAAACAACCGCUUCUACUGCCCCCUUCCCCCCUCCGUCCUCCUUGCAUCUACCCCUCUCGAGGAGGAGACGCGGGGAAGUAAGGAUAAGUGCUCCAGGCCGAGUGGUGCGGCCCGCCUCCAGCUGACCGGCCUGGAAUCCCGGCUCCGAGCCCCGGACUCGCGCCUGCCCGCGCGCUCCCCCUCCCCCCGCCUCGAGCCCCCCGACGCCGCCGCCGCCGCUGUCGCCGCCGUCGCCGCCUCAGCCUCCGCCUCGUCCCCCACGGGCCCAGGCCGCCGCCGCCGCCGCCGAGCACCGCUGCCGCCGAGCACCAUGGGAGACGCCGGGAGCGAGCGCAGCAAAGCGCCCAGCCUGCCGCCUCGAUGCCCCUGCGGCUUCUGGGGGUCCAGCAAGACUAUGAAUCUCUGUUCCAAAUGCUUUGCUGAUUUUCAGAAGAAACAACCAGAUGAUGACUCCACUCCCAGUACAAGCAACAGCCAAUCAGAUUUGUUUUCCGGAGAAAUGAACAGUGACAACAGCAAUACCUCUUUAACUACACCGACUGUUAACUCCAACCAGCAACAGCUUUCGACAGAAUUGAAUGUAACUUCCACAGGCAAAGAGGAGUGUGGGCCAUGCACAGAUAUAGCUCAUGUCUCAUUAAUCACGCCAACCAAAAGAUCCUGUGGCACAGAUUCACAGUCUGAGAGUGAGGCUUCCCCAGUGAAGCGGCCAAGGCUACUGGACAGCAAUGACCGACCUGAGGAAGCCGGCCGUUCUAAACAAAAGAGUCGGCGCCGCUGCUUCCAGUGCCAGACGAAACUCGAGCUGGUCCAGCAAGAACUGGGAUCGUGUCGUUGUGGUUAUGUAUUUUGUAUGUUACACCGCCUCCCUGAGCAGCACGACUGUACGUUUGACCACAUGGGCCGCGGCCGCGAGGAAGCCAUCCUGAAAAUGGUGAAACUGGACCGGAAAGUGGGGAGAUCCUGCCAGCGCAUUGGGGAGGGCUGCUCCUGAGUGCGAAGCUUGGCAGCCAAACCCUGUUCUUAGUUCACUAAUGUUAGCCUUAUUUAGGACAGAGUCAGCCAGACACCUUGUACUGGGCACGUUUCAGACUACAGCCAAUCCGUUUCCUUUCUUUAGCCAGCCGUCCUGGUACUGUAGUUUAGGGGUUGAUGGUGGUUGAAAUUGAUUUCUGGCUGGUUACGAAGGUGCCUGCUAGCCACUGUAUAAAAUUAAAACAUGAAGAAUAUUUUUUUUUGAGCAUGGCUAGUGGAUUUAAAACAAAAUAAGCAGAUGUCAUUGCUGGAGUCAAAACUUAUAAAAAGCCUUAAGCUGAAAAUGGUCCAGACGGAGACUUUUAAGUAAAUAGAGGAAUAGAAGCUGGUGUUUAAAACAGUUCCUGAGACGCACAUGGCCUUGCCAGAAACUCUGUGUUUAAUGUACAGCCUUUUCACCUCUUCACUUGUCCUUAAUCCCGGCCCCCAGAAGCCAGGGCUCCUGAUUGGCUCCUCAUGCCUGGGCUGCUCAUGGCUGCUAAGGUGACUGUAGGGCUAGAAGCUGGAGUGGGGGAACUUCCCCCAGGGGAACUCCCAGGAGGCUGGAAAAAUGGGGGCAGAGGGAGGAGAGGGUGAAAACUUUUAUACCAGACUGAGCAUGGAAAAUCUGUCUUGACACUUGAAGAGGGAAAAAAAAAAAGAGAGAGAGAGCCUUGCUUUAAAUAUUAGCCCCCAGACUAGUCUAUAAAAUACAUUUUUCUACCUAGGAUCUAUAGACUCUCUAUCGAACCAGGGAAACUGAAACCUGACUGACUUCUUAUUUACAAUUUACUAGGUGUGGGUAUCUGAGAAUUGAUUCAGUAAGGCUAAAUCACAGCACAGCAGCCAUGGGCAUGGCUGGGGGCAGGGGAGGUAGGGUGGAAAGGGAGACAUAUUUCAUAGCAAACAGAAGUCAGGGACAGUGUUGAAGAACAAUGAAGGAGCAGCAGCUGCUCUCACAGGUUGUCUCUUCAUCUUCAAAGUGUUGCCAAGAUAGUCAUAUGGGCUCAUCACCUGAAUCUAUGCAGCCUCCUAGUAGGAGAAUACGACAUGUUACUUAAGUAACGGGAAUUUGGACCUCCUGAUAGCAACUCUUGUAGCCAGGGACAAUUUGAGCACACUUGCAGGGCCUAAAUUGCAAAAGGAUCCUGUCACAUUUCCUAAGGUGAGCACUGGGAAGUUUCAUUGAGUUUCAUUGCAUAGGCCAAGGCUGGGUGGGAUUGGACUAGAUGGGCAAAAAGGGAAGCAGGUAAUUUUGGCUUGUUUUCCCUGAGUUGCAAGAGAAUUAUCAACCAGGUACUGUAGCAGAAAUGGGGAGGGGAGAAGAGGGAAUGGGAAUGAGGACUGGGAAUGAAUGGGUGGAGAGGAAAAAAGAGAGAUUAGGAUCAUCUGGAACUUGAAAUAUUGAGCAAGGAAAAAUGAUAUAAUUUGAAAAUCGUUUCAAUCUUGUGGACAAUAAGAGGCCACUUUGGGUCUCCCUACACUUAGACUAUUAAAGUAGUUUACCCCAGCAACUUAGGUUUUAAAAAACAAGAGGCCAGUGAUACAUUUGCAAAUCAACUACAAUGAAAGACCUGGGAAUUAGAAGGGUUUCUUAAUCCAAAGUCUGUGGGAAAUAGGAAAUAAUGCUCUUUCCCCCUCUUCCUUUGAGCCCCCCUCAAAAAAAAAUCCACUAUAAAAAUCUUCAGCCUUAAUAAUUUUCAUAAUAACAGUAUCAGUUCCUCAGUUGAGAAGGAAGAGACCUGGUUGUGUGGUCCCCACACCUACCAUUGUUCUAAAACAGCCUCAGUGCACACUGUCCACUAAGCUAAUCUACAAGCAGCAUCCUGUUCGUGUCGCUCUGGGGAUGCGGGACCUGAGCUCUCCAUUGCCUCCCAAGAUCCUCCAUCCACUGCCCUUUCCUGUGCCCACUCGGUCACUCUUGGGCGCUGCAGGCUUAGGGUGGCACAAGGGAGAUGUUGCCUUGGCAAAUAGGCCCUAGUGCAUUAUGGACAAUGUUCACUCUAUUAUUGACAGUCGUCAAGUUGGGUCCGGGGAAAGAGUAGUUCCUCCGAAGUAUUUGUUCUAUGAAGUUUGUUAAAUGUAAGGAAAGCUUAAAUUCUUGUAACUUUAAAAGGAAACAAAAUUUUAUUUAACCCUUUUGUGUUCUAGAUUUACUUAACACACGUAGCCUAGAACUCCGUUUUAGUUUAACAUUGUGAAAAUAUUAAAAGAAUCUUGUAACUUUAUUCCUUUUUUCUCCUCCUGGUUAAAAAAAAAGUACCCAUUAAACCAAUCAGAUUAAAGUUUGAAUUCCUCUCUAUUUCACCAGUUCUCUGGAUGGGCCCCAGGCCUACUAGGGGCCAUCUGGGGAACUGCAAAUCACAGAACCUAUAUACCAAGGCAAAGGCUUUUUGUUCUGACGAGAACUUCUUAUCUCCUGGUCAUCAGUUGCAAAAAUGUCCUUUGUAGUAGGUGACCCUAAAUUUUCUGUAGGGUGAUCUGAUCUUGGUAAAUUGACUCUCAAUGGUGACUUAACAUCGCUGACAUUUUGUCUCUGUCAUCUGAGAGCUCCUUCAUUAUUCAGAACUGCCCAGAUGUCCAGCAGCCCAGACUCUGUGAUGGUGGUGGGUGUGGUGGGAUGUAGUCUGGUGCCUGUCCCCACCCAAGUUCUGUCUCAAGUUUUAUAAUGAACUCAGAGAGAGCCCAUGUUCUCUACACUGAGUUGGCAUAGAAAUUUGAAAACACGGAGACUUGUUAGAAUUAUUUUCACUUGUGAAUGAUGAGAUCUCAUUUCCCACUAGAUCUCCUAGUCACACAAAUACGUUCCUGACUAUCUCUGCUGGGUGGGGUCUGGUCCAGAAGACAAAGCAGAAAACACCCAAUAAGUUUUCUUAGAUCAGUGCUUAACAUUCUUUGAGCUGUGAACUCUCUCUGUUCCACCCCCACUGUGGAGGACACCCUUGCUAUCUUAGUAGAUGGGAAGACUUAUAUGAGUAAUCCCAGGAUGCCAGCCCUGGUGGGGGUGAUGUGCCCCUGGAGGAGGGGCCUGGGACAGUGGAUGUUGAUGCCAGCACUGCCUUGGAUUCAGACCUGGGAGUGUCCUGCACUACCCAAGUCUCUUCUACAGCCCCAAGUCUCUGCUUUGCAGCAUAGGCCGGCAACAUCCUCUCCAUCCCAUUUGGCCUAGUUGAGUGCCCAACCUGAAGUUUUAUUUUAUGUGGGGCUCUUGCUUUUUUGGGCUUUAGGUAGUGGGAGGAGUAAGUUAGUGAGGGAUUCAGCUGCUAAAGUGGGGGGUGGAGGGAAAUGAUGGGCCGGGGUUUUUUCCUAUUAUUCUUUCUCACCAACCAAAUCUCAGGAUUGUGACCUGCCUCUGAGCCAAAACCAACUUUGGGUAAUGACAUAGAGAAACAUGUCAUACCCUCUGCACCUUCACCCUCACCCAACUCCUCUGUCUGCAUUCACUUCCGUGGCCUACAGCCCUGAGCGCACUCCUGGGGACUCUGGUUGCCCCCAUUGACUCAAGCUCAUCCGUAGGCCUGGGGAGAAGUCUCCAUCUGUGACAUUAUCUCCAUCUGCAUCAAGAAGGAUUUAGCCUAUGGUUCUCCUCUGGAUCCCUGUGCUGAGCAACAGGUUUCUGUCUCAGAGAACUAUAUAGCUCCUUGAUUCAAAACUGGUCAUGGUAGAGCCAUCAACUUAACCGUAUCAGCACACCAGACUUCGGAUGGGAAAUAAAAAUCCACACAUCAGACAUUUGAUUAACAUCAAAAAUGUAAAGACCCCAGUUUCUCCAUCCAGAAAGGAGCAUAGUGAAACAAUCAUUUCACAAGACUCGGCAGAAUUAGCUUGGCCAAGCUUGCAGUGCAAGUUCGUGACAGAUCCAGGACUAGGACCAGGAUCAGUUUCCUGGCCCCCGGGCCAGUCUUCUGCCUCAUUCUUCACAAUAUCUUCAUUUUAAUUUCCUUAACUGUAAUCAGCACGAUUCCAGAAAUCCCUGGGUCCUUGAGACCCCAGGGAGUGGUGAAGUCGGCAGGACUGUCCCUUUUCUAUUUGUAUCCUAAGUACUUAGCGAGGUGUUUUGCACAUAGUAAGGGCUUAAUAAAUGCUUUUCUGUCAGUCAUUCUCUAUGCCUUAUCUCUAUCCUAGUGUAGCCCAGUUAAGAACGCUGUCACAAAUCAGUGUAUCAGGGAUCUGCCUCCCAGCCCCCGAGUGAGGAUCAUGAGGACUUGGCUUUACAUGGGGUGAGAAGGAUCAGGGUUUUUACUUAGGGAGAAAUUUUUCAUUCCUCCUUCCCCAUCCCCACCCCUGAAAUUAAAAUUGCAAAGCAUCCUGGAACCCUUGGUAGGUAGGGGUCUUUGAAAGUAGGGCAGGUAUUAUAUUACUGAUUCCCCUUUUAUACAGGAAAUGAGUUCAGAGAGGUCCAGAUGUGAUCCUCGUCAGAAGUGGCUAAUAAGUGUCGCGGUCCCCACCUUCCCUGGGUUUUCAUGUCAUUGCUCUCUCCUGAUUUAAGUCUGGUCCCUAACUAAUGUCCACCAGCCUGUCUCAUCUUGGGUUCUUGCCUCAAGGCUGAGGUAAGCAUGAUCAGAUGGGGGAAAAGUGCCAGAACCUGAAGACAGGAGAGAAUUGGAUUCUAUUCUACUUUUUAACAUUAGAUGUGUGACAAUGUGCGUGUCAUUUAAUAACCUUUCUGAGCCUGCUUCUAUAUCUGUAAAAUGGGAAUAAUAGCACUUAACUCACCAGAUUAUUGUGAGGGUCAAGUAACAUAAUGUAAAAAGCACUUUGCAAAGCCUAAAACACUACAUAAAUGUCAACUUUUACGACUCUCAAUGGCGAUCUCUGCUCCCAAGGGAUCUGUUUUCUCUAUGCAGAUUCUCUCCAGCCCUCACUUCUCUCCCAAGCCCUAGUCUUGCACCAUCUGUCUGACCUCUCUGGCCGAACGCCCCAUUGGCCUCUCACACUCAGUGUCCAAAAUGGAACUCCUCUUUUCCCCUAAGCUCAACUUCCCGAUUUCUUCAUUUCUGUCAAGAACAUCACUCCUUCCAUAUUGCUCAGGUUUGCAACAUCACCCUUCACCCUCCAUCCCACGUAUCUGACCAGCUGCCAAAUCUUGUCCUUUCUACCUCCACAUGUCACACAUCUGAGUCCCUCUCAACACGCACAGCCACCACCUCAGUUCAGGCUCAGUUCAUCACCUGAACUGCCGAAAUUGCCUUUUAAGUGGUCUCUGGGCCUGCGCUCCAAGUCUAUCACUUAGCUGCCAAAUGGAUACUCUCAAAGCACAGGUCCGACUGUGUCACUCCCUUCCUAGUGUCGGUGGCUCCCCACUGUUUCUAGGACAAAAUGCAAACUUGACCAUUUGGCAUUUAUAGCCCCAUCUAGAGUUAUUUCACACGGCAACCCCCUUACUGACUACAUUUCAGUCCCACUGGCCAACUCUGCUGUUCCUAGCCGUGACCUGCUGUCUCUGGCCCUGUGCCUGGAAUGUUCUCUCCGUUUUAGAAUCCCUAGCUUCUCAAGGCCUAGCUCAAGUGCCACCUCCUACAAGAGGCCUUCCUUUUCUGACCCCGCUUCCCCACACUCCCAACUGAAAUUGCUCUGUAUUUACUUUGUAUAUAUAUUUUGUAUUAUCUGUGUACAUGUUGUUUCCUUUCACUAGAAUGUAAGCUCCUUGAGGGCAGGGACUGUUUCAUUUUUGUCUUUGUAUCUCCAGAGCCUAGCACAGGGCCUCUCCCGGAGGCGCUCAUAAUAAAUGUUUGUGGAAUGAA